ACAACUGUGUGCUUUAUUUAUUUUAGUUCUACAGCUGAUACCAGCAACACUGGUCGUUAUCAGCGCGACGAAAUUUGACAUAGACCGUCUAAACGUAAUAGUGCAAAUAGUAUUGAAGUUCAUUUGGUUUUGGGAAAAGUGCUUGCUUGCAUCACAUUGAUAACAGAAACAAUAAGAAAUUGGUAGUGGAAAAUGUUAAGGUUGCCCCAUAUUGUUAGAAGACCUUUGAGUAAUCAUUUACGGACUUUCGCUUCUUCAUCACCCGCCAGUGGUCCAGGUGAAGGUGGCAAUAGUCCACAAAACAAAUCGAAUAAUGUCAAGGGGGAAAAUCCUAUGUCCAGAACAUUUAAUAUUCUUAAAAGUGAUCUGAAUAAAGUAAAGAACUUCUUUAAGCCAAAUAAUCACUCAUCAUCAUCGAGUGAAGAAUUAAGUGAGGAAGAAAAGCUAAAACGUUUCGAAGGCGGCAGUUACUAUGACGGGACAGAUAUUUUCCCCAGCCAUUGCGAUGUCGUUGUGAUUGGGGGAGGGGGCGUUGGUUCCUCUGUGGCCUAUUGGCUAAAGCAAAGAGCACGGGAUGGUCUAAAUGUGGUCGUAGUAGAAAGAGAUUCCAGAUAUGAACGUGCUUCUACUGUGCUAUCAGUUGGCGGUUUACGCCAACAAUUUUCAUUGCCGGAAAACAUACAAAUGUCAUUGUAUGGUGCUGACUUUAUGAGAGAUGUUAAAGAGCAUUUGGGUGAUGUUGAGUUGAAUUUUACUCCCCAUGGCUAUCUUGUGUUGGCCUCAGAGGAAGGAGCGGAAACACUAAUGCGCAAUUCUAGAUUACAAAAUGAGUUAGGCGCUCGCAAUGAGUUAUUGAAUGCAAACCAAUUAAAGGCCAAAUUUCCCUGGAUAUGCACAGAUGGUAUAGUGUUGGGCUGCCAUGGACUUGAACGUGAAGGUUGGUUUGACCCUUGGGCCUUACUUAUGGGCUACAAAAAACGAGCCCAAGAAUAUGGUGCACAUUUUGUCAAUGGCGAAGUUGAAGGAUUUGAAUUCAAAAAACAAACUGAUAUUAUAGUACGUGGUAAUACUGCCGGAGAUUAUGAAUCAUUGGACAAAGUUUUGGUGAAAAUGCCAAAUGGAGAGACACGUUCAAUUAAAUUUGCUAUUUGUGUACUUGCUGCUGGCGCCUACUCUGGAGAAGUUGCACGUAUGGCACGCAUUGGAUUGGGCAAUGGAAUGUUAAGUGUCCCACUACCUGUGGAACCCCGAAAACGCUAUGUAUAUGUGAUAAAUACCCAAGGCACAAAUGCACCAGGUUUGGCCACACCUUUAACCAUAGACCCGUGUGGUGCAUAUUUCCGAAGAGAUGGUUUGGGCGGCAAUUAUUUGUGUGGCCGGAGUCCUUCAGCGGACCAGGAACCUUCAGUUGACAAUCUCGAUGUAGAUCAUGAUUAUUUUGAUACCGAUGUUUGGCCUCGUUUGGCUAUGCGUUGCAAAGCAUUUGAAUCAGCCAAGGUCGUAAAUGCUUGGGCCGGAUUUUAUGAAUACAAUGUAUUCGAUGAGAAUGGUAUAAUAGGAGCGCAUCCUUAUUACAAUAACAUGCUUAUAGCUACAGGUUUCAGUGGACAUGGCAUACAACAAACACCAGCUGUAGGUAGAGCGAUAUCAGAGCUUAUUAUUGAUGGCCAGUUUCGUACUAUUGAUUUGACGCGCUUAGGUUUCGAUCGUAUUGUUGUCGAUCGUCCGAUGUUUGAAUCGAACAUUGUCUAGCAGAGCUUUAGCCAAAGAGACUAUUAUUAUUAUUUGCGAUCUUAAGCUUUAGAAGAUCACAUUGUACAGUGCAAGUUCAAAACUAACGAAAAACAAAAUUUUUUUAUUUAACUUUGGGACAAUUGUUAAAGAAAUUGGUCUUGAUUAUAAUUUCAUAUUAAAUGUUUACACAAUAAACGUAUUAUUUUUUGUAUUUAAAUUAAACUUAAAA